AUGAGUAACGUGCAAAUAUUUACGCCUAUACUGCCCUACGUGGGGCAACUUCCGGGGGAACUACGGUACGGUUCGCGCAUCAAACUCCGUGGACACUUUCGUGAGCCUCAGGAUACGGUGCACAUCACAUUGCAGCAGGAAACCCUGCUGAACCCAAACACCGACGUCCCGUUGUACAUAACGCUUAAUCCCGGGAGGCACGAAAUAGUCCGCCAUCGGCUCUGCUCCAAGAACUGCUCCCACGGACAGGACGAGGAACGUGCGAUCAACUGCCCGAUCGCAUACGGCCAAGAUUUUGAGCUAAGUAUAGCGGUCACCGGCGCAGGGUUUGAGAUCGGGCUACACGGUACAUCUGUCCACACGUUCGCCCACCACCUACCACCCGCUGCGGCCCACUAUCUGUUCGUCUCUAGUGGGUGUGUGAUAUUCGCCAUCACCUUUGAAAACUGGAGCGGAGAACGGCCCUACGGCCCAUGUACGUAAUCAGCGCCGCCACUUCAACUGCCACGCCUUUAUCCGACGAUGGAGCAACCGGUCGCUCCCCAGCUCCAGCAGCCCAAGUACCCCGCUCAACAGACCCAUCAACAGGCCCAUCACCAGAACCUGCUACAAGAGCUUAUCCUGCAAGUUCUUCCACUGAUGCAGCUGGCAGCGGCUCAAAGUCCCUCGGCCAGCAGUCACGCGACUUGCUCGGUGGGCGUGAUACGGCUGCUCCGGUUCCUGGCCUUCGCCUGCGUGUUCGGAUACAUCGGCUACGCUUUUACCAGAAACGUAAAAUGGCCGUAG